UACGCGCACGAGAGAAGUCUUGGUCAAGGCGGUCAAGGUGAUAUCAGCCUUGCCAGAAUCAAAGUCACAGGUAAGCUUGUUGUCGUCAAACGUUUGAGACUGCUGCCCAACACAGACCUCAGUACUGUCCCCGAGAUCGUUAUUCUUAACAAGAUUCAGAAGCUCGGAAGUCAUCCCAACAUCCUCCCCUACCUCCAAAUCUGGCAAACCCCGGCUGCUCCUGGAGAGUGCCCCACAAGCCGCAUCAUGAUGCCCUAUCUCCCUGGUGACCUCAACACCCUCAAAAGGUCCUUCGACAAGAUGAAUGUCAAAGUCCCUGAAGCUUUCAUUUUCGACGCCUACAAGCAGUUGGUCUCUGGGCUCAGCUUCCUCCAUGAGAAUGGGGGUAUCUCACACCGCGACAUCAAGCCUGAGAAUAUUAUGAUCGACCCUGUUGAAUUUGGUAACCCAGCUCUAUUUCCUACCCUCAAGGUGAUUGACUUCGGCAUUUCUUGUGAGACGACUGCUGACCACGAGACUCCUGACGGCACUCCUAAGUGGCAGCCUCCCGAGGCCCCUAUCGCUGGCAGAAAAGCAGAUGUCUGGGCCAUUGGAGCUGUCAUUCAU